UGUCGGGUCUGUAUGAUUUAAAAAUAGCCCCAUCUCAUCUUCUGCCUGACACGCUGCUCCAGCGAGACUCACAGUGGUGCGAGCAGCAGGAAUGUGAAGAUGGCUACAGAUCUGGGAGAGCUACUGGUCCCGUACAUGCCCACCAUUAGAGUACCGAGGACAGGAGACAGGGUUUUCAAGAGCGAAUGCGCUUUUUCCUACGACUCUCCUGAAUCGGAAGGAGGUCUGUAUGUGUGUAUGAACUCAUUCCUGGGUUUCGGAAGAGAACAUGUGGAGAGACAUUACCGUAAAACUGGACAGAGUGUGUACAUGCACUUAAAAAGACAUGUGAAAGAGAAAGCCACAGGUGCUGCAGGGGGUGCCAUACCAAGACGAAGGAAUGGAAAAAUAUUUUUAGAUUUAGAGCUUAACCGUGAUUUUAACGGAGAUGGUUAUGAGUAUGAAGAUGAAGCCAAGCUUGUCAUAUUUCCAGACCACUUUGAGAUCCCUUUACCAAAUAUUGAGGAGUUGCCCGCACUGGUGACAAUAGCUUGUGACGCCGUCCUCAAUGCUCCAUCUCCAUACAAAAAGCAGGAAUCUGAUUCAUGGGAAGAGGAGAUCCAAGUAUCUAGACAUGCCAGAAGUCUCAGACAGCAGGAGAAUGGGGUUCGAAUUCCUCCCAGCGGCUGGAAGUGCGCCAAGUGUGAAAUGAGAGAGAACCUGUGGCUAAACCUGACGGAUGGCUCUGUCCUCUGUGGGAAGUGGUUCUUUGAUGGGAGCGGAGGGAACGGACAUGCCCUUGAGCACUACAAAGAAACCAACUUCCCCCUGGCAGUUAAACUCGACACAAUCACCCCAGAUGGAGCAGAUGUUUAUUCUUUUGAUGAAGAAGAAGCAGUGCUUGAUCCUCACAUAUCAGAACAUUUGUUACACUUUGGAAUAGAUAUGCUGCAAAUGCAAAGGACAGAGAAUGGCCAUCAUACAGACAACCACGUCCAGCCUCGUGUGAGUGACUGGGAAGUUAUUCAGGAGGCGGGUCUAAAGCUAAAGCCUGUCUAUGGCUCAGGAUAUACAGGCAUCAAAAACCUGGGCAACAGCUGCUACCUGAGCACCACUAUGCAAGUGCUUUUCAGUAUUCCAGAGUUCCAGAGAGCGUACGUUGGGAACCUACAGAGAAUAUUUGACUACUCACCCCUUGAUCCAACUCAGGAUUUCAACACACAAAUGGCGAAACUCGGUCGUGGACUUCUGUCAGGCCAGUACUCAAAACCUCCAAUGAAAUCAGAACUUAUUGAACAGGUGAUGAAAGAAGAAUACAAGCAGCAGCAAAGAGGGAUUUCACCUAAGAUGUUCAAAGCGCUGGCCAGUAAUGGACACCCAGAGUUCUCCUCGAACAGGCAACAAGAUGCUCACGAAUUCUUGCUGCACUUAAUUAACCUGGUAGAGAGGAACAGUUCAGGCUCAGAGAACCCCAGCGAUGUGUUCCGCUUCUUAGUUGAGGAGCGCGUGCAGUGCUGUCAGACACAGAACGUGCGCUACUCACAGCGAGUGGACUACUUUAUGCAGCUUCCUGUACCCUUGGAGGCUGCCAGCAACAGAGAGGAGUUAAUAGCAUAUGAGAGUAAGCGGAAGGAAGCUGAGGAGAACAUGCGGCCCCCUCCAGAGCCGGUGAGAGCCCGAAUCCCCUUCACUGCCUGUCUGCAAGCCUUCACUGAGCCUGAGAAUGUUCCAGACUUCUGGAGCUCUGCACUGCAAGCCAAGUCGGCCGGCGUGAAGACUUCUCGUUUCGCAUCCUUCCCAGAGUACAUGGUUGUGCAAAUAAAGAAGUUCACAUUUGGGCUUGAUUGGGUGCCCAAAAAGUUAGAUGUUUCUGUAGAUGUACCUGAUUUCCUGGACUUGAAUCGCCUCCGGGCCACAGGGCUACAGGCUGGAGAAGAGGAGCUGCCUGACCUUACACCUCCUAUUGUCAUUCCUGAAGACACCAGAGACAGUACAACAAACAACUCUUUGGAAUCUCCAGAAAUAGAUGAAUCAUCCGUGAUGCAGCUGGCAGAGAUGGGUUUCCCUCUGGAAGCCUGUCGGAAGGCAGUGUAUUACACUGGGAAUAUGGGGGCAGAGAUGGCCUUUAACUGGAUAAUAGCACACAUGGAAGAGCCAGAUUUUGCCGAGCCUCUGGCAGUUCCCACUUACAUGGAACCAGACCUGCCCAGCCCCAGCCUCCCUUCUACCAGUGCACUGGACAACCAGCCUCCAGAAGAGAGCAUCUCCAUCCUCACCUCCAUGGGCUUCCCAAGACAUCACACAAUCCAGGCUCUCAAAGCCACAAACAACAACUUGGAGCGAGCGCUUGACUGGAUAUUCACACACCCAGACUGUGAGGACGAGAGUGAAGCUAUGUCAGACACGGCAGACACAGAGCCGAACGAUAACAGCUUCUCAAACGCCAAUGCCCACAGCGACUCCUCGCUGUCUCCAGAUCAGGACCUGUCCAGCCCCCGUGUCAGAGACGGACCCGGGCGGUAA